AUGUGUUGUUGCGUACUAAUCACGUUGUCUUGUCAUCUGACUUUAAUGUUUGUGUGUCAACCCCGCGCGCUGAACAUUUUACGUGUUGUUUUCAUAUUUAGGGAAAACACGUGAUUAUUUGAAGUGGCAUGUUUUCUAAUUGAAUGAGUAACGAAAAGUUAUUUGUGAAAGGAUUUGUGGACAUGAGCCCUAUACAGACGUACAAAACUCGCGCUUGUGCAACGUAAACAAGAUUACUAAGCGAUAAACUUUUGCUUGAUAUCUGAGUAGUAUGCUCGAGUUCGUCGUUGACAGCCAGUGGUUGAAAUGGAAAGUGUUGCCAAUGACAGAAUAAAAGGUCUUCCACCUGUUUUUGAACGGAAAGUGGUGCAUCAACGACAGAGGUUCUAUUGGGAUUGUGGAGUGUCAUGUGUGUUAAUGGUUUUGCCUUGUGAUGGAUAUCAGCAUUUUCUUGCAAAUUUUAAUGAAAUAUGCAAGGAAGAAGAUUUCAACAAGAGCACAUGGACUAUAGAUCUAUGUUACUUGCUGAGGCGGUAUAAUGUGAAACACUUGUUCUGCACAGUUACUAUGGGUGUACAUCCAGAGUAUAAGGGACAAGCAUUUUAUGAAAAGGUUAUUAAAAAUGAUGAAGAGAGGGUAAACAAAAAGUUUGCCGAUGCUGAGGAGUACGGGAUAGAUAUAAAGAAAACAUCUUUAACGUGCAGUGAUCUUAUCAAUCACAUAUUUCAAUUUGGGCCAGUGAUAUUACUGACAAAUGCAAGCCUCCUUACUUGCACCAACUGUAAAUGUAGGAAGUUUACAAAUGAAUUACUGAGCUGCCUUCCUUGGCCUACAGCAUAUGCAGGUCAUUAUAUUGUACUCGUAGGCUACAACCUGCUUAAACAGCUGUUUUACUACCGCAAUCCAACUUACAAAGAUCGUGUUUGUGCCAUUCCUUUCACGUCUCUCAACAAUGCGAGGCUGAGUUACGGCACAGAUGAAGACGCAAUUCUUGUAUAUAGUAGUAAUUUAUGAACUCCUAUAUUUUUGAAAAGAAAACACUGUCCCUUGUAAAUAAUUUUCCCUCAGAGUGCCUUAUGUCACCAGGAAACUAAUGAGACUGAUUUUAUACUGAAAAUUGCAGUUUAUUGUUGUAUAUAAGAUUGUAUCAUUUCUGCGAUUUAGCUGAAUGCAUACAUGCAUAGUAUAAUUAUCGAGUUCUGUGGCAAAACACAAGGAUUUUAAUAAUUAAAAAAUUGA